GAACAGAUUCAAAGACUAGAUGUGGCAAAAGGUUGGUUCGGAGAUGCACAUCCCUUGGAGGUCUGCUGAGAGCAUGCACUGGCAGCUGGGCGAGCAAGAAAUGAGCGCCCGCGCCAACGCUCCCGUCUUCCAGCUCCACCCUUCCGCUGCUGGUACUGAUAUACCUUCGCCUCCUAGCGGCGAUCCCGCAACGCCGCAUUUCACGCCCGCGAACACCCCGCAAACGCAAAACCUAGCACCGGGGCAACACCAUUAUCCGCAACCGCAUGCGCCUCAUCUCCAUCACCAACGGUCCGAUGCUGGGCCCGCGCCCCGCAAUAGCCCUUUCAGCCGCCGCCGCUCUGACGGCUCGAGAUCACAAUUCAGCCUACCAUAGCUGGGUCCGCAACUGCCGACUCUGCAGCCAGUGUCUGAGAGUGAUUUAGCAAGUGAUGGUGGCGCUAGGACGGCACUGGUGUUGAGGGGCAGAAGAGGGGUCGAGAGAGUGUUGGCUUUGUCGAACCGUAUCUUAAAAAGAGGAGGGUCUGGGUCUGUAGAUGUGAAGGGGACGAGGAGUCCGGAGAGUAUAUCGCAGCGCAGUGGGACGGAGAAUAGGAUGGAGAGUAGGAUG